AGCGGUCAGAGUUUCUAAUCCAACGGGGGACCCGGCCCGGCGGCUGGAGCCCCAGCCCUGCGCGACGGCACCCCGGCGUCGGGCCCACUCGCACGCGCGGAGUGACCCCCAGACAUCCUACUAAAAUGAGCGUGCCUGGCAGGAAGAGAUGUGUUCCUUACGCUAGAAAUUACCCCGUCACAUGUAGUGGUGUCCCAAUUAAUGGAUUCUGACAUGGAUUAUGAAAGGCCAAACGUAGAGACCAUCAAGUGCGUGGUGGUGGGGGACAACGCAGUAGGCAAGACCAGGCUCAUCUGUGCCCGGGCCUGCAAUGCCACCCUUACUCAGUACCAGCUGCUCGCCACCCAUGUGCCCACAGUGUGGGCCAUCGACCAGUAUCGUGUGUGUCAGGAGGUGUUGGAACGCUCGCGGGAUGUGGUAGAUGACGUCAGCGUCUCCCUGCGCCUUUGGGACACCUUUGGCGACCACCACAAAGACCGCCGCUUUGCUUAUGGGAGAUCGGAUGUGGUGGUUCUGUGUUUCUCCAUUGCCAACCCCAAUUCCCUCCACCAUGUUAAGACCAUGUGGUACCCAGAGAUCAAGCACUUCUGCCCCCGAGCACCUGUCAUCCUGGUGGGCUGCCAGCUGGACCUGCGCUAUGCCGACCUGGAGGCCGUCAACAGGGCCCGGAGGCCCUUGGCGAGGCCCAUCAAGCCCAAUGAGAUCCUUGCCCCGGAGAAGGGCCGGGAGGUGGCCAAGGAGCUGGGCAUCCCUUACUACGAGACCAGCGUGGUGGCCCAGUUCGGCAUCAAGGACGUCUUUGACAAUGCUAUUCGGGCUGCCCUCAUCUCCCGCCGCCACCUGCAGUUCUGGAAGUCUCAUCUCCGCAAUGUGCAGCGGCCCCUGCUGCAGGCUCCCUUCCUGCCUCCCAAGCCGCCACCUCCCAUCAUCGUGGUGCCCGAUCCCCCGUCCAGCAGUGAGGAGUGCCCCGCCCACCUCCUGGAGGACCCGCUCUGCGCGGACGUCAUCCUGGUGCUGCAGGAGCGGGUGCGCAUCUUUGCGCACAAGAUCUACCUCUCCACCUCCUCCUCCAAGUUCUAUGACCUGUUCCUCAUGGACCUGAGCGAGGGGGAGCUGGGAGGCCCCUCGGGGCCAGGAGGCCCCCGCCCUGAGGACCACCGGGGUCACCCUGACCCACACCACCACCAUCACCACCACCAUCAUGGGCGGGACUUCCUGUUACGGGCAGCCAGCUUUGACGUGUGUGAGAGUGUGGAUGAGGCUGGGGGUUCCGGGCCUGCUGGUCUCCGGGCCUCGACCAGUGAUGGGAUCUUACGGGGCAAUGGCACAGGGUACCUGCCAGGCAGGGGUCGUGUGCUGUCUUCCUGGAGCCGAGCUUUUGUGAGCAUCCAGGAAGAGAUGGCAGAAGACCCUCUGACCUUCAAAUCUCGGCUGAUGGUGGUUGUGAAGAUGGACAACUCCAUCCAGCCAGGGCCCUUCCGGGCUGUUCUCAAGUACCUGUACACAGGAGAGCUGGGUGAGAACGAGCGGGACCUCAUGCACAUUGCCCACAUCGCCGAGCUGCUGGAGGUCUUUGAUCUGCGCAUGAUGGUAGCCAACAUUCUCAACAAUGAGGCCUUCAUGAACCAGGAGAUCACCAAGGCCUUCCACGUCCGCCGGACCAAUCGGGUCAAGGAAUGCUUGGCAAAAGGCACCUUCUCAGAUGUGACCUUCAUCCUGGACGAUGGUACCAUCAGCGCCCACAAGCCCUUGUUGAUUUCCAGCUGUGACUGGAUGGCCGCCAUGUUUGGGGGGCCAUUUGUGGAGAGUUCUACCAGGGAGGUGGUGUUUCCCUACACCAGCAAGAGCUGCAUGCGGGCCGUGCUGGAGUACCUGUACACUGGCAUGUUCACCUCCAGCCCUGACCUGGAUGACAUGAAGCUCAUCAUCUUGGCCAACCGCCUCUGCCUGCCACACUUGGUUGCCCUCACAGAGCAGUACACAGUGACCGGGCUGAUGGAAGCAACCCAAAUGAUGGUGGACAUCGACGGGGACGUCCUUGUGUUCCUGGAGCUGGCACAGUUCCACUGUGCCUACCAGCUGGCCGACUGGUGUCUCCACCACAUCUGCACCAACUACAACAAUGUGUGCCGCAAGUUCCCGCGAGACAUGAAGGCCAUGUCCCCAGAAAACCAGGAGUACUUUGAGAAGCACCGGUGGCCGCCUGUCUGGUACCUGAAGGAAGAGGAUCACUACCAGAGGGCACGGAAGGAGCGGGAAAAGGAGGACUAUUUGCAUCUGAGGCGGCAGCCCAAGCGGCGGUGGCUGUUCUGGAACAGUCCCUCCUCCCCAUCCUCCUCCGCAGCCAGCUCAGCCUCCCCGUCUUCCUCCUCGGCUGUGGUCUGAGGUGUCGCCACCUUCUUCUGACCCCGCUGCUGUUGUCCCCGUUUGCCCCUGGCCCUCUGCUCUUCUGCAUCACCCCUUCCACCUGACGGGGACAAGGGGACGCACGUAACCAGGACCCUAGGGGCAGAGCUGGCCUCACCAGCCAACAUGGCUGUGCCAGAGAGGAGCGGGCUCAGCACAGGGCCUGCCUGCAGAGUUCCCACAUCCAGGCAGACAGGAGACACCUGCCAGGAUUCCCACAUCCAGGCAGACAGGAGACACCUGCCAGGAGGUGGGUUGCAGGAAUGAGCUAAGAGCUCUGGUGUUCUUCUGUGGGCCCAAGGAUUUUAUGGAGUCCAAGGAGAGAGCCUCCAGCAGAGGGCUUGUCUGUGUGUUUUGGUCUCUGCUCAGGGCAGGGAGCCGUCCCCUUCCCAGUGAGCAUGAGGGUCCUGCCUGUCUCCCGCCAUGUCUUUCCAUCCGUGGACUUGAAGGUUCCGGAAGCUCCGGGAGCACAUCCUCACCGAGCCUACUCCGGUUCUCCAUGGAGAAGUCAGGGUAGAGGUGAAGGCUUCCGAGCAAAGCGUCUGCAUUCUGGAGCUGAGCUGCUAGAGGACAUGUGGAGACUGGUAUUCCGCCAGCGUCUCUCCUGGCUGGCUGCCGCGGGCCUGCUGGAGGUGCAGAGGUGGUUCAGAGCUCUAGGCUGUGGAGGUGUUGUUACCUCUUGGUGCAGUGAGAAACCUCUGUCCCCUCCUGCACUCCUCAAGAUUUGGAAAUGAGAGCAGCAGCAGUCAGCUGGGGUGGAGAGGAGGAAGGGUGGAGUCUCCACAGGGCCCUUCCUCCAUCUCGGGGCAGGACUGCGUGUUAGGGGAUGGGACAAAAUGAGCAAAAAACCACCACCAAUCCCAAGGACAGAAUGAAAACCAAACACAACACCACCACCAACAAAACCACUCUACCCUCUGCUUUCCCAAAGAAGGAAAAUCAGAAAAAGAAAAAACGACCCAGCAUAGCUUACGUAUUUAUAAAGCAGAUCAGAGGCCUCUGAUGAGGAGCGGGAGGGUUAGGCUGUCCAAUCAGCUCCUUACCUUUCACCUGGGGGUGGUCCUGACCCUCAGGCAGUUCCAUAUCCUGGCCUCCACUUCCUGGUAGCCUGAGUUGGCCUUGGUCAAUGGAGGCUUGCCUUCUGAGUUCAGAGCCCUUGUCUGCCCAUCGUGCUGCAGGCUGCCCCUGCCCCCUUUCUACAGGUGAUCCCACAGAUGCUUGUGGAGUGUACACUUUGGGGAAGCCUGGGACAAGGAUCAGGUAUCAGGAGAAAGGACACAGCUGGGCAGGAGAGAGGAAAACAAGGUUAGUCCACAGAGGAGGCAGGAUGUGACUAGAAGAUCAAAACUGAAGCUUGGCACCAUCAAGACAAAAAUAGGGCCUAGAGUUGACCGUUUGUUUCCUAAUCUGUACCUUACCACCCAGCAUCCUUUGAGACACAGGUGGUGGAGCCGUAGGUACGAGCUCAGGUGGCCCACUUGUGAGAAGAUGCUUAAGAGUCUGGGUGUGUGGACUGGCUGGAUCCUAGGGUGCCAGACUGUCUGGUCUGGGAAGAGCAACCUCAGAAAGGCAGCCCUGCAACAGUCAUGUAGUACCAAGAUCUAGAGAUCUGAGGUUCAGUCCUUGUCAGAAGGACCAGGUGGUGGUAGCUCAAGCAGGUCUCUAUGUCUGUGCAGGGAACUCUGCAAGGCUUAUUAUAGCUUCCUCCCAAGUCCCUUGAGGUGGCUGGCUUGGGGAGCUGGUUGUGUGCUGCCCUCUGCUGGCUGGACAGCCUCCCUGCCCAUGGCUUCAAGACUCCUGGCAGGGAAAAGGACCAUAGGGGAAGGAGACCAGCGUAGCGCCCAUGCCUUCCUUGGGGGAAGAGUUGGGGAUAUAUCUGGCCUCCAGGAAGUUGUGGGUGAGAGCACAGUACUGGGGUGGGGGUGGUCUCAGUUGCUUACAAGGACUGAGCAACCUGGCACCACUGAUGAAGAUAGACUCUCGGAAAGAAAGUGUAGUAGUUAUCAACAAGGUUGAGAAGCCAGAGAAGAGGCCAUAAAACUCCCAUCUCCCCGCAACCAGGGCCAGCUCGCCCCCUCAGGAACCCGCCACCCUCUGCCCCACAGCUCCAUAGCCAACCUGCACCUCGGGGACCCCUGCAGCCCAGUGGGGCUGGGGGGAAACCAGAUGGGAGAGAGAGGAGGUGCAGAAUGCAGAACUCUAUCUCCCCCAGAAAAGGGUGCUCUGGAUUCCAGGGAGGCAGAAGCAGUAGACGCCCCAGUGCAGGGCGAGACGGAGGGACAGGAGGGACGAAGGGGGGGAGCAGUAACCACCACCAGGACACUCACGUCCCCCAGACUCAGUGCUGGGGUUAAAAAAAUAACAAAGAACACACCUCUUUUUAUAUAAGGUUUCAUAUUUAAUUUGGUCAUGAAUUCAUAAAUACAUUGAGUAUUUUGUA